GGAGGAGGAGGAGGAAGGGGGGGGGGGGGCGUGGCGGGUGGAUGACGGAGUCGCCCGGGGAGUGCGAGUCGGCGGCCCCCCCCGAGCCCCCCCCCGCCGGCCCCGGGGCCGGGCACGGCAGCAAGAUGCAGCGGUUGAAGCGGUCCCUGUCCCUCCGGACGCUGCUGCGGAGCAAGAGCGUGGAGAACCUCUUCCCGCGGCCGGGCGGGGGGGUGCAGGGCCCCGGGCCCCCCCCGUCCCCCCCCCGGACACACGGCUUCCAGCAGUACGUCUUCAAGAAGCAUUGUCCGUGCGAGCUGUGCCGGCAGCUCAUCGCAGGCAACUCGCGGCAGGGCCUGCGGUGCAAGGCGUGCAAGGCCGGCGUGCACCUCUGGUGCUCCGAGGGGAUCUCGCACCAGCAGUGCCCUGGCAAGACGGCCACCUCUUUCCGCCGCAAUUUCAGCUCGCCCCUGCUGCUGCCGGAGCAGGGGGGCUCCACACAAAGUGAGCCCCCCCCAGACCCUGUGUACGAGGCGCUGCGGUUCGGCACCUCCCUGGCACACGGCGCCGGCCCCACGGAGCUGCCCCCCAGCACCCAGGGUGACAAAGCGGCAGCUGAGGAGGAGAGCGGGGACCCCCCGAGCAGCUUGGGGAGCCCCAGCACCGGCGCAGUUGUCACCCCAGCAGAGAGGGACGGGGUGGAGGAGAAGAGCCCUGGGCAGCAGGCUGCCCCAGGGCCGGCGCGGUGGGACGGGGCCCCCAUGUUCUCCUACGUGGCUCUCUACAAGUUUGUGCCCCAGGAGCACCAGGACCUGGCACUGCAGCCAGGGGACAGGGUGACGCUGGUGGACGACUCCAACGAGGACUGGUGGAAGGGCAAGGUGGGCGACCGGCUGGGCUUCUUCCCGGCCAACUUCGUGCAGCGCGUCCGUCCCGGGGAGAGCGUGUGGAGGAGCCGCCGGGCCGUGCCGGGGGACCGGGGGCAGGGGCGCCUGAGCCUCCGCCAGAACCAGAUCUGCGUCGGCGUGGGCAGGACCCAGGGUCUCGUCCGGGUGACCAGCGGGAGGAAACGGGGGCUGGUCCCCGCCGAGGCGUUGACUGAGAUAUGAGGAACACACACACACACACCCCCCGUCCCCCCCGAAAUCCCAGCGUGUGUGUGGGUGUCCCCCCAAAAAUCACCGCACCUCAGGAAACCCCGUCCAGGCGGUACUUAACACCCCCCCCCACUCCUGUCCCCCGUGUCCCCACACUGGCAGGGGCCAGACCCCGAGGGAUGGGGACACGGGGGGUGGCCCCCCCAGCCCCACCCGGGUGACACUGCCCACAGACGGGGCACCCCCGCGGCUGCUCCUGACACCCCCCCCCCCCCCCCCCCGCAGCCUGUGUGGACACAGCGUGUGUGCAAACCCCUGUGCGUGGAGCCAGACACGCCUGCAUCUGUGCACUAACACACGCGUGUGCAGCCCCACACAUGCGUGUGACACCCCCCCCCCCCCCCCAGUUCCGGGGUGCUGCUGCCCCAAUUCCUAAAUUAAAACGCUCGCGGUGU